AUAUUUACAAUAAACCUGCAUGCAAUUGAGGGAGAUCGGUUUUUCGACAACAGGGUCUUGCUGAGGUGUGUUGCGCGACUGGGCGUCUGGAUAGUACAAAGCGGGUUCACUGUGAGUCCAAGUUGUGCUUCCUCAGUCAAGAGUCGCUGUGUAACAGUACAGACGGAACAUCUUCUUGUGCCUUGGUUUCCGUUCUUCAUCAUGUCGGAAGGCUACAGUUACCAAACUGGAAAGCGAAACACUUUCCACGCCGCUGACUAUGUCAUCUUCGCUAGUAUCCUUGUCAUCUCCGCCUCCAUCGGCAUCUUCUACGCCAUCCGCGACAGAAAAAAGAACAAUCUCCGUCAGUUUCUCAUGGCAGGUAAAGACAUGAACGCCAUUCCCGUGGCGUUAUCGUUGUUGGCGAGUUUUAUGUCGGCGAUCACGUUGCUUGGGACUCCGGCGGAGAUGUAUAACUUUACGACGGUAUAUUGGUGGAUCGGCAUUUCUUAUUUCUUCGUCAUUGCUGCAGCCGCUCACAUCUUCAUCCCGAUAUUCUACAACCUCAAGGUUACAAGUGCUUAUGAAUACCUCGAGUACCGGUUUGGGAAAACAAUCCGUACUGCAGGAUCCAUGACAUUCGCGGUACAGAUGGUGCUGUACAUGGCCAUCGUGUUGUACGCCCCGUCCCUCGCCCUGAACGCCGUGACUGGUUUCACCCUCUGGGGCUCUGUCAUAUCCGUCGGAGUGGUCUGCACUCUCUACACAACCAUCGGUGGGAUGAAGGCGGUGUUAUGGACGGACACCUUCCAGAUCGGGAUGAUGUUCGCAGGGCUGUUCGCGGUCCUCAUCAAGGGGUCCAUGGUUCUCGGCGGAUUCGCUAAUGCCUGGAAGAUCGCUGAACGCAACGAGAGAAUCGUCAUAUAUGACUUCAGUCCAGAUCCAUCCGUCCGUCACAGCGUGUGGUCUCUUGUGAUUGGUGGAUUCUUCACAUGGGUGGCCGUCUACGGAACCAAUCAGGCACAAGUUCAGCGUGCGUGCACGUGCCCCACUUUGAAGAAAGCUCAGCUCGCCAUCUGGAUUAACUUUCCCGGCCUCUGCCUCAUCCUCUACGUCUGCUGCCUCAUCGGCAUCGUUCUGUAUGCCUUCUACAGCUUAUGCGACCCACUCCGCUUCGGCCUGGUCAGCGCUUCGGACCAGCUCCUCCCUCUGUUUGUGAUGGACGUGUUGGGGAACAUCACGGGACUUCCGGGUCUGUUCGUCGCCUGCAUCUUCAGUGGCGCCCUCAGCACCGUGUCCUCGGGCCUCAACUCCUUGGCGGCCGUUCUGCUGGAGGACGUAGUCAAGUCCUACAUCGCCAAGAAUCUGUCUGAAGAACGGGCCACGCUAAUCUCGAAGAUCAUAGCGCUGGUCCUGGGCGGCGUGUGUUUGGGCUUGACGUAUGUGGCCUCACUCCUGGGUGGUGUCUUACAGGCGGCCCUGUCUCUCUUCGGCAUGAUCGGCGGACCACUCCUCGGGUUGUUCACGCUCGGAAUGAUCUUCCCGUGGGCUAACAAGUGGGGAGCCGGCGCCGGCCUGGGCACCAGCCUCGUUAUGAUGUUCUGGAUCGGUAUAGGAGCCCAGGUGCACAAACCCCCUCAACCCAAGCCUCCUACCAACAUCACAGGCUGCAACUGGAACCUCACAACGACAGUCGCACCUGUCACCGUCUCUGGUGUUAUGUCCUCCAUAUCUACAGUCGCCACGACGACACUCAACAACGCCACAACCGUGGCAGCUACUGUAGAAAGGUCACCUGACUACUAUCUCUACACCCUGUCCUAUCUGUGGUACAGCGCCACCGCCGUCCUCAUUGUCGUCGUCGUCGGUCUCAUCGUCAGCUUCCUCACAGGUCCCACCAAGCCGUCCUCCGUCGACCCCCGCCUCAUCUGCCCAAUCUUCGAUAUCGUCUUCCCAUCGUCUUUCCUGCCGGAAUGCAUCUCUGCAAAGCCUUCAUCAUAA